AUAAACAAUUAUAGACAUCAAAUCUAUCGAGGCGGCGGCCCGCUCCUAAUUGGCCGGGAUAAUGCCGGCUCUAAUAAUCUCCAUUUUUUUUACCUCUCUCGCUCUUGGAGUAGUGUUAGACUUGGCUAUGUGUUGUUUAUUCAAUAUUUGUAAGACUGCAAUUGCUGCUCUAUAUAAAUAACUAUGCCUGCAUGUAGGAUUUCAUAACAAACAAUUUACGAGAUAUAUAGUUAGCUGAAAGAUAUGGGAAUUGAAGGGUAUUUACCAUUGUUUGAGACCAAGAGAGCAAAGGGAAGAGUCAUAUAUAGGGUGUUUGCUGCUUCUUUGUUUGCAGGUAUAUGCUUGGUUUGGGUUUAUAGGGCGAGUCACAUACCAAAACCAGGAGAAGAUGGAAGGUUUGGGUGGAUGGGAUUGUUGGGUGCUGAGUUAUGGUUCGGGCUUUAUUGGAUCCUCACCCAAUCCUGCCGAUGGAACCUUACCUUUAGGCAAACUUUCAAGGAUAGACUAUCUCAGAGAUUUGAGAAUGAGUUGCCGGGAGUGGACAUUUUUGUGACCACGGCAGACCCUAUCAUAGAGCCACCAAUGAUGGUCAUGAACACCGUUCUAUCAGUCAUGGCUUAUGAUUACCCAACCGAGAAGAUCAGCGUGUAUCUAUCCGAUGAUGGCGGUUCCGAGCUUACAUACUACGCACUCUUGGAGGCUGCUGAGUUUGCUAAGCAGUGGAUACCAUACUGCAAGAAAUACAGUGUGGAGCCAAGGUCCCCAGUUGCUUACUUUGUCUCAAUAGCUAGUGAUGCAAUUGGUGUUGAUGAUAACAAGGCUAAUGACUUGGCUGUCAUUAAGAAAUCAUACAAGGACAUGGAGACUAAAAUCGAAAAUGCAGUCAAAUUAGGCCACAUUCCAGAGAAAGUACGAUCGAAACAGAAAGGCUUUUCUCAAUGGGACUCACAUUUGUCUAAACGUGAUCAUGACACCUAUCUUCAAGUAGUAAUUGAUGGAAGAGACCCAAAGGCAAUCGAUGUUGAAGGACUUGUACUGCCAACUUUAGUGUAUUUAGCUCGGGAGAAAAGACCACAGUAUCACCAUAACUUCAAAGCUGGCUCGAUGAAUGCAUUGAUUAGGGUUUCUUCAAAUAUUAGCAACGGGAAGGUCAUUCUAAAUGUAGACUGUGACAUGUAUUCAAACAAUUCCAUGGCCAUAAGGGAUGCACUUUGCUGCUUAAUGGAUGAAGAAAAAGGCCAUGAAGUUGCAUUCAUACAAUUCCCACAAAAUUUUGAAAACCUCACCAAGAAUGAAUUAUAUAUUCCAUUUAUGCGAACAAUCAGCGAGGUGGAAUUGCAUGCUUUGGAUGGUUUCGAUGGCCCUUUUUACGUUGGAAGUGGAUGCUUCCACAGAAGGGAUACUCUUUGUGGAAGGAAGUUCACCAAGGGAUGUAAGAGUGACAUGAAAUGGGAGAUCAGUAGAAAAAGAGAAGAAACUCCAAUUCAUGAAUUGGAAGAAGAUUCAAAAGGUCUUGCAAACUGUGCAUACGAGCAAAACACUGAGUGGGGAAAAGAGAUGGGUUUGAAAUAUGGUUGUGCAAUUGAAGACGUGUUCACGGGGUUAUCAAUCCAAUGCCGCGGUUGGAGAUCGGUGUACUUGAACCCAACAAGGAAAGCUUUCUUAGGAGUAGCUCCAACGACAUUGCUUCAGAUGCUGGUGCAGCAAAAGAGAUGGUCGGAAGGUAGUUUCCAGAUUUUGCUUUCACGGCACAAUCCUGCAUUCUCUGAUCAGAUUAGCUUGGGCCAAAAACUUGGAUACGCAUAUGUCGGGGCUUGGUCUAUCAAUUUCCUACCAACGCUAUUUUACACAGUGAUCCCUUCCCUUUACCUCCUUAAGGGCAUUUCCUUAUUUCCUCGGGUUUCAAGUCCAUGGAUCAUACCAUUUGCAUAUGUGAUAAUUGCCAAGUACACUGGGAGCUUUUUGGAGUUUCUAUGGGCAGGUGGCUCAGCCUUAGGUUGGUGGAACGACCAACGAAUGUGGCUAUACAAAAGAUCAAGCUCCUACAUAUUUUCCUUCAUCGACACUAUUUUGUACCUUUUGGGGUAUUCUGAUUCGGCAUUUGUAAUAACAGCCAAGACGUCGGAUGAAGAUGAGUCGCAACGAUAUGAGAAAGAGAUUAUGGAAUUCGGAGCCUCUUCUCCACUGUUUUCCAUAUUGGCAUCACUUGCAGUACUAAAUUUGUAUUGCUUUGCUGGUUUUGUGAAGGAAGCAAUCAGUCUGGGAUCAAAGGGCGGCAUUGCAGAAGUUUACGAUACAAUGGCAUUGCAAAUUCUACUAUGUGGGCUUUUGAUUCUCAUCAACCUGCCUUUGUACCAAGCCCUUUAUCUAAGGAAGGACAAGGGGAAGUUGCCAAGCUCCAUAGCUUUGAAGUCGAUGGCAUUUGGUGUCUUUGGUUUAACAUGUUUCAAUUUUUCGUAUUAGCUAGGUUGUCCAAAACUGAUUCACAGUCAACUUGUUCCCCUUUUAUUCAUUUUGUGAAAUCUCUCCUUUAAUAAGGAAAUAAUUAAGAUCCAUGUUGGAUUUUAUAUAUUAGGAUCACCUACUUAAGUUUGUAUCUUAACUUUUGUAAUUUGUUAUCAAAAUACUGUACUUUUAAGGUUUCGGAUUUA